CAGUAAACAGCUUAAUGACAACUUAUCAGCUCUCACCAUCCAUCCUAACUCUAAUCUUGGCACCCAGAUAACACUGACACGAUGUGCAAAGUCCUGGUCUUUGGCUGUAUUGCAGCAGUAAUUCUCAUGACUGCAGCUUAUGGAGCACCUCUUCAGAAGACUAAACUAUCACCCGAUCAAAAACAGACACGUCUUGAAGCUUCAAUAAAUGAUUUAGCACUCCUGAAACACAUCGACAAUAAUUUUCUUGACUUUUACACACCGAAUGACAAACAGGAGUGCAACCACACAACUCUAUCAUGUUUCCUGAAAGAACUGAAUGUCUUGAAACAAGAUGUGGAAGAGAAUGACAUGCAACAUGUUAUAAACAUCGAAAAGAACCUCGAGGAUUUUAAGGACCCUGAUUUCUCAAACCCAACAUGCAAGAAGUGUGAAUCCCAUGAGAAGAAAAAGUUUGCUGAAUUUCACCAAGAAAUGACCAGCUUCUUGCAAUCUAUGCAGAAAGAAAUUGUAUAA